ACCAUUAGAAGUACUGCUAAAAAACCCACCAAAGUACGCAAAAUGUCACCAGGUUCUCCAGGUGAGUUGCCCUGAGACGUGGGCGAAGACAAGCAGGAUGGGGGAAAUCCGGAGGCACGGGAAAGAAGCAGCAAAGAAGCGGGACUGUAAUCGUUGGAAGCCGCGAGGCUGCGCAGAAAGCCGCGAGAAGUCAAACUUGAGGAGUACCCGGUAUAUUUGGAAAACUAUAAUUCUGGGCCAGGUGCUCUCCAUGUUUAUCUGUGGGACUGCUGUUACAAGUCAGUACCUGGCAGAAAAAUACCAAGUGAAUACUCCAAUGUUGCAGAGUUUCAUCAACUAUUCUUUGCUGCUUCUAGUUUAUACAACAAUGCUGGCAUUUAGGACUGGCAGUGGCAGUCUUUGGCAGAUUUUGAAACAGAAAUGGUGGAAGUAUAUUUUUCUGGGACUGGCUGAUGUUGAAGCCAAUUAUGUGAUGGUAAAAGCCUACCAAUAUACAACCCUUACAAGUGUGCAGCUCCUGGACUGUUUUGGGAUUCCUGUGCUGAUGGCUUUGUCGUGGUUCAUUCUCCGAGCAAGAUACAGGCUGAUACAUUUUCUUGCUGUUGCCAUCUGUUUGCUGGGUGUGGGAACAAUGGUGGGUGCAGACAUUUUGUCAGGGAGGGAGGACGGUGAAGGUAGUGACGUGGUGAUUGGAGAUGUCUUAGUGCUUCUUGGUGCUUCUUUGUAUGCCAUUUCUAAUGUGUGUGAGGAAUACAUUGUGAAAAAUCUGAGCAGAGUGGAGUUUCUAGGAAUGGUGGGCUUGUUUGGGACUAUUAUCAGCGGUCUACAGCUAGCCAUUGUGGAACAUAGGGAGCUAAUGAGAAUUCAGUGGAACUGGAAAGUUGCACUACUGUUCACAGCCUUUGCCCUGUGCAUGUUUGGGCUGUACAGCUUCAUGCCGGUUGUGAUUAAAGUUACCAGUGCAACCUCCGUCAACCUGGGGAUCCUGACUUCAGAUCUCUACAGUCUCUUCUUCGGGCUUUUCCUGUUCUUGUACAAGUUUUCAGCUCUUUACAUCGUGUCCUUUGUUGUCAUCAUCGUGGGCUUCAUCAUGUACUGCUCCACUCCUACUCGGACGGCAGAACCCACGGCCCUGCCGCAGCCCAGCAGCACCGGCCUGGACAACGCUGCCCUAAAGCUGGAGGAGAGCGACAGCGAAACCCCAGCUGUAACUGUGCAGUUCACAAGAGGAGAAACGGUGGUGGUCAGCACUGAUUAAAGAAAUGGCAGCACUUCAGAACAGAGCUUUUUUUUUUAAUUGCCAAAUUUCCCUCAAAUAUUAAUCCAGAGAACUAUCCUACUGCCAAGGCACAUGUCACACUGUGCUGGGUUUAAUGCACUUGAUAGACUUUUAAGGCCAGAUCCUCAGUCAGUGAAGUUGCAUUGAUUUGCCCUUCCAGAAAAUCUGGCCUUUAGACAAAGACAGAUUAGUAUUUAUGUGGAGUCUCUGGAAAGUGAGAGACUGUUAUUUUUAAGUGCUUAAUUAACUUAACAACAAAUGCUUGGGGAAAAAAACUAAGCCAAAGUGAGCUCCCAGGUCACUUAAUAAGGAGCAAAUAUGUUUUAUAUUGCAUUAGGGACCUAAAUCUACACGAUGCUGUCUGAGGGCUUCAUGGUUUCCACCCCUCAGUGCCGGAUGCCCUCAGAUAGCAUCUUGUAAAAGCUGCUCAGCUUCUCGCAGGACCUGGUUCUGCAAGCCAUAGUUCAUUCAUACACCUUCUAUGUGCCAGUGGACUUCAUUCCUCUAUGGAAGGAUUUGCUGCCUACAUUCCAACCUC